UGAAAUGCCUGAGGCAGGAAAUGUUGAUAAAGAAUGGAUAUCAAGUUUUGCACAACUGUAGAUUUGUGCAGGAAAUGUAUUAUGAUAAAGACUCAGUUCUGUCAAAAGCCAAAAACAAAGUUGUGUCUGAGUUGGGUGUUUGUCAGUCCCCAAUAUAUAGAGGCCACAGAAGUCUAUCAGUGAGGAUCAAAUGCAGAGACUUGGUUAAGAAGAUAGCUAUUUAUAGACACAGACUAGCAGUACAGCUACCAGACAAGAUAGUUAUAUACGAGCUGUACUCGGACGAUGCCGCUGAUAUGCAUUACAAAGUCAAGGAGAAGAUUAACAAGAAGUUUGAGUGUAAUCUCCUCGUCGUUUGUUCCCAAAAUAUCAUUCUUUGUCAGGACAAGCGACUCCAGUGCUACUCCUUCCAAGGAAUCAAAGAGCGGGAAUGGCUGAUGGAGUCCCUGAUUCGGUACAUCAAGGUCAUCGGGGGCCCCUCAGGUCGCGAGGGGCUCUUGGUUGGCUUGAAGAAUGGGCAGAUUAUGAAGAUCUUUGUGGACAACGCUUUUCCCAUCAUGCUCCUGAAGCAGAGUACCUCGGUCCGUUGUCUGGACGUCAGUGCCUCGCGAACAAAGCUGGCUGUGGUGGACGAACACAACACGUGUCUGGUGUAUGACAUCAACACUAAGGAUCUAUUGUUCCAGGAACCGAAUGCUAACAGUGUAGCCUGGAAUACACACUAUGAAGACAUGCUCUGUUUUUCUGGGAAUGGGUUACUCAACAUCAAGGCCAGCAAUUUCCCAGUUCAUGUUCAGAAGCUUCAAGGUUUUGUGGUGGGCUUCAGUGGAUCUAAGAUUUUCUGUCUCCACAUCUACUCCAUGUCCUCAGUGGAUGUUCCACAAUCAGCCUCCAUGUACCAGUACCUAGAAAAGAAACUCUUCAAGGAUGCCUACAAGGUAGCCUGUUUAGGGGUGACAGACGGGGACUGGGAAGUUCUGGCCCAUGAGGCUCUUGAGGGGUUGGACUUCGACACGGCCAAGAAAGCCUUCAUCAGAAUCAAGGAUCUCCGCUAUCUGGAGCUCAUCCACUCCAUAGAGGAGAGGAAAAAGAGAGGUGAAAAUGACAACAUGAUCUUCCUUGGAGAUGUGUACAGUUACCAAGGGAAAUUCAACGAGGCCGCCAAACUGUACAAAAAAGCCGGAGGAGAACAGAAGGCCAUGAAUAUGUAUACAGACCUCAGGAUGUUUGACCAAGCCAAGGAAUACAUUGGCUCUGGAGACCCUCUGGAUAAGAAGAUGCUAAUUACUAAGCAGGCUGACUGGGCCAAGAGCAGUAAUGAGCCAAAGGCUGCUGCUGAAAUGUACAUUUCAGCUGGGGAGUACUGUAAGGCUAUUGACAUUGUAGGGGAACACGGAUGGGCUGACAUGAUGAUAGACCUGGCCCGUAAGCUAGACAAGGCUGACCGUGAAGCUCUGAGUCGAGCCGCCAUGCACUUGACCAAAAUGGAGCAGUACCCCUUCGCUGCUGAAGUGUACAGUAAAAUGGGAGAUAUUAAAGCCCUCAUAAACCUUCAUGUAGAGGCCAAACACUGGGAAGAUGCCUUCACUCUGGCUGAAAAACACCCUGAGUACAAGGAGGAGGUUUAUGUACCGUACGCUCAAUGGCUCGCCGAGAACGACAAGUUUGAUGAUGCUCAAGAGGCAUUCCAUAAGGCUGGUCUGCAGGGGGAGGCAGUCAAGGUCCUGGAACAGCUAACACACAAUGCUGUUAUUGAGAGUCGCUUCAAUGAUGCCGGGUACUAUUUCUGGAAACUCUCCAUGCAGUGUCUGGAUAUAGCAAGAGAGGAUUCAGAGAAACGAGAAGAAAUGUUUGCCAAGUUCCAAGACUAUCAGAGGAAGGCUGACAUGUAUUACGCCUACCAUUCCAUUCAAAGAUAUACAGAUGAGCCUUUCACAUCACAUCUACCAGAAGCCCUGUUUAACAUUUCUCGAUAUCUGCUUCAUAUGAUCCAGAGUGGAAUACCACACGGAAUCUCUAAAGUAGGGACACUAUAUGCAUUAGCCAAGCAGAGUAAGACUGGAGCCUUUAAGUUGGCUCGUUACGCCUAUGAGAAGUUACAGACACUGAGGAUACCCAGUAGAUUCCAGGAGGCUGUAGAUCUAGGUAGUGUGAUGAUCCGAUCCAAGGCAUUCCAAGACUCCGAGGAGCUCCUUCCCAUGUGUUACCGCUGUUCCACCACAAACCCUCUUCUGAACAAUGGAGGAAACUGCUGUGUCAACUGUAGACAACCAUUUGUCCACUCUUUUGUCUCAUUUGAGGUGCUGCCGCUGGUGGAGUUUGUGUUAGACAGCAGUCUGACGGACGAGGAGGCUGAUGCCCAGACUCUGAGUUUAGGUCAAGCUCAGGAUGAUGAACCUGAGGAUGAGGACCCAUUCUCAGCCAAACUCAUGACCUUUGAUGUAAGUAAAGAGGGAUUUAUAGUGCAAAUAGGAAUUUGA